AAAAGCUUAGAUCCAAAAUCAUUUUCUAUUUGCAUUCGACAAAGUUUCAAUGAUGUGUUCUCAUCAUUCGAGCUGUUACCCUCAGACCGACAGCAGGCUGAUGCAGCAAUGAAUCCACAAUAUAUUGCCAUAUAUUUGACAGUGCUGCUGGUAACCAGCAGCCAGGCUGGUGACACCACCGCAAAAGCCGAGAGACGGCAAAUCCUUGAUGCACGCAAUCGUUUGAUUGAUAUUGUGACAGCAGGAUUUUAUGAGGUUGUCGGGUUUGAGUUUGAAGAGAGUGAGAAAUUAUGUCGCAAGAUAAUCGACGAAAAUAAAUACGAAAAUGCGCCCAGUGAAAUAUCGAAAAACAAGAAACUGUUAUUGAAGGAUUGUACACAGCAUGCAAUGGAGCUAUUAAGUCUGGCAACAGCUGAGCAGGCCGGCUACUCGCAUCAUGCACUGUUUGUAAAAUAUGGACUGAAAGAGGUUGUACAUGCUGUGAAUCGAAAACGAAGGCACCUCGUUGAUGACAGUGAGCGGCGAAUUGACGAAUUUGUCAAUAGUUUGACGCCGAAGCAGCAGCGCAAGGCAAUUGCAAGAAACCUAGCCCGCUGGUCAGCACAAAUGAAGAGGGCAACAAAAGUGACGCGAAAGAUGUUUGUUUUCAGAAGUUUUCUGCGAUUUUAUUAUUUCGAGGGAGGCAUUUAGUAAACGUGUUAUUAUUAUUUUAUUCAAAAGGCAUAAUAAAGACAUGUAAAAAUUAUAAAAAAAAA